CAGUCCUACGAGAGUAAAAUUAAAUCUGAGGCAAAGUGACUACUUUUCCAAACGUGAGACGAAAUUCAUCCUCUCUCUCACGUUUCUUUUCCUGGUUCUUUCGUCUCUUUUGCCCUUUCCUAAUCUUUUUUCCUCUCUUCUUUUUCUAUUCUGUUUCUCCUCUCUUCUCCUUUCAUAACAAACCAUAGCCGUCGCCGCCUCCACACUGUCCGGCGUGGUACCUCCGAUCAAAGGCCAGCGGUCCUCUCCUCUAUUCGAGAGACGUCCCAUUCUCAAUUCCGAGGCUCCCGCUGUUAAAUGGUUCAAAGAAUGGGUCCCUGAAGAUGUUGUCGCAACUGGCGGAAAGUGCAUGAUUUUGAAGUGGCUGAACGGGAACACAUUAAAUAAAUUGAAGGAGAAGGAGAAAGAGCCUGAAGCACCAAAAGCUGAACCAGGGCCUACUACUGAAGUUCAUUUUCUUUGCAGCUACGAAGGCUGUGGAAAAACCUUUAUUGAUGCUGGUGCUCUGAGAAAGCUUUUGCACAUUCAUGGAGAGAGACAACAUGUUUGUCACUGGGAGGGUUGUGGGAAUGUAUCUUGUGUAGAUCUUCCUACUUUUGAUGCAACAAGGAAAGUUUUGGAUCUUCAACAAUUACUGGCACAUAAUGAAGCAGAUCUGAUUUAUUCUUUGCUUGGGAGUUGGGACUAUGAAGUGCUUGAGUUCACCUUGAACGUGCUUCAUUUGUGGAAAUUUUUGAACAGUUCAAAACUGAACACACUUUCUUAUUCACAGUGGAGAAAGAUUUUAUUUUCCCACAUGAAGGUUGUGGUAAGCAAAAGGUCUCUCUUUUGAGGACGUUGACCGUGUUUGAAGGGGGCUUCAAUUGGUCCUUCAAUUGACUUGGCCGUUCAUAUCGACCCAAGCAGUAGGAGCAAAGCAAAAGCUUAUAGCUGCUCUUGCCUCUCAGUCAGCCCUGAGCUCCUCCCCGCCAACCACCGGCGAGGUGAGGUCUGGAUCUUUUUUUCAUUUAACAGCUGCCUUUUUGUUUAGCUACUAGCUUAUGUUUAGGACCUCUCCGGUUCAUGGGUGGUUAUAUUUGUUAAUGUUAAGUUAUUAAUUGAAAAGAAAGAUAAGAAAUGAGAAGUAUUGGUGAUUUUUCAAAAUUUUUCUGCUUUUCCCUAUUUUUCAGAAAUUUUCUUUUUUUAGGUUGGGCUCGUUGGACAGGGAACUUGUGAUCUGAUCAGUUCAACCACUGGUUCAAUUCUGAAAUUGACCACCAAACCAUUAUAAAGAAAGUUAAUUAUAAUAAUUUUUCAGAAAGAUCCUUUCUCCUUUUGGCAGGCAUUUUUUGUUGUGGAAUGUGCUUGGGAAAAAGAAAGAAGCAGAAGAAGAAUGGUUCACAGAUUUUCAACUAGAUUAUUGAAUGUUUGCAUAGCUUCACUAUGUAAGGCCCAUAACUUGGAGAAAGCUGAAUCAGUUAUUAUCGAUGGUAUAAGAUUGGGAGUGCUUCCUGACGUUGUAACUUACAAUACAUUGAUUGAUGCAUACUGUCAUUUUGGAAUUGAUGCUGGUUACGCCAUUCUUCAUCGAAUGAGAGAAGCUGGUGUUACCCCAGAUAUUAUUUCAUAUAAUUCUUUGAUAGCUGGUGCCACUAGGAAUCACCAAAUAUCUCGGUCUCGUGAUCUAUUUGACGAAAUGAUUGAAAGAGGCAUAGUCCCUGAUGUUUGGAGUUACAAUAUUUUGAUGCACGGCUUUUUCAAGUUAGGAAAACCAGAUGAGGCCCAUAGGGUUUUUAAGGAUAUUAUACUUGCUGAGCAUUCACCUUCUAUUGCUACUUUUAAUAUUAUGAUGAAUGGUCUUUGCAAGAAUGGGUAUACAAUGAAUGCUUUUAUGUUGUUUAGGAACUUACAGCGUCAUGGAUUUGUGCCAGAGUUAUUGACUUACAAUAUUCUUGUUAGUGGAUUAUGCAAGAUUGGUAGAUUAGGGUCAGCAAGGAGGGUUCUUAAAGAAAUAGUGGAAUCGGGCCAUGUUCCAAAUGCCAUAACAUACACUACUGUAUUGAAAUGCAUCUUUAGAAAGAAGAAGUUUGAAGAGGGAAUUGAGCUAUUGUUGGAAAUGAAGAGUAAAGGGUAUACAUUUGAUGGUUUUGCUUAUUGUACAGUUAUUGGUGCUCUAACUAAGAUAGGUAAGGUGAAACAGGCGACUGAAUUCAUGGUGGACAUGAUUGAAACUGGUAUCGAGCUUGAUAUAGUAUCUUAUAACACGCUAAUUAAUUUGUACUGUAAAACUGGUGAGUUGGAAGAAGCCUAUAAGUUGUUGGAUGAGAUAGAAAAGAAAGGGUUGGAGUGUGAUAAGUAUACACACACUAUAAUGAUUGAUGGAUUGUGCAAGGCAGGUAAGGUUGAGGUGGCCGCACAACAUUUGAAGUAUAUGAAUAUGAUGGGCUUUGAUUCAAACUUGGUUGCAUAUAACUGUUUGGUUGAUGGGUUGUGUAAAGUUGGUCAGAUCAAUGAUGCAAUCAAAGUCUAUAAAUCAAUGGAGGUAAGAGAUUCUUUUACCUACUCCUCUUUGGUGUACAACCUUUGCAGGGACAGGAGGUAUCAUUCUGCAGCCAAGAUCUUGCUAUCUUGUUUACGAAGUGGCAUGAAAAUUCUGAAGUCUGCUCAACGAGCUGUCUUGCUUGGUCUUCGCUAUUCUGGAUUUCCUAGAGAAGCAAAAAGGCUGAAGUCUAAGAUUCGCAUCGCUCGAAUAUUGAAUCAUUGAUAAUUUAGUCAAUAUUUUUGAUUUUAGUGUUAAAAGUUGGAAGAUUAUGUACUUCAGUUGAUUUACCAUCAAGGAUAAUUCAUUUUGGAUCAAGGUCCUGAUUGAAAUAAUGUGUUUCUUUUUGUUGCAAGUUCAAUGGUUCUCUUGGGGUGGUAAUCCUGUAGGCCAUGAUAGAGAUCAGCAACUCUGAAUCAAGCCGCAUCUACCGUGUAAUGCAUGCUCUGUAUCUGUAUUUCCUGCAUAUAAAACCAGAUGAAGAGAUAUGCACUGCUUGGAAACACUAGUCCAGCUUCAGGAGCUAUGUAGCAUGUUCACAAGAGAUUCAUCUAAGAAGCUUUUUACGUGAUUAGCUUCUGGAUUAUUUAACUUCAUUUUCUCCCUACCAAAAUUCAAUUCUUGAAGAAUUUCCCUAUUGGAAUCAUGUAAGGAAUCACUUCCUUUGAAAAGUGAAAUCUUUUAUUCUUAUUGUGACAUAACGAAGAAGUUAGGUGUUAUUUUAUACUCUUAAAGAUUUGUUGCAUGAGGGAACUGGCAUCGUUUUAGGGGGUGUGUAGACGAACCUUGUAUCUAGGGCUUAUUUCUUUAUUAUUCAUUUUUUUCCCUUUAUCUAUAUGUAUGUAAAUAAAACAAUUCUUGUGCUGUGGACAAUUUACAAUCUUGAUGGAAACAAAAAUGAAGGAAAAAAUGUUCGUUUAAA